AUAAUCUCAAUACAAAUUUGUAUAUUUUCCUUUUCUCAAAAUUAUCAAAUUCUUCCGAAAUGUUCUCAAAAUCCCGUACAUUGUCCGAUAAGAUCAGGCUAUUUUUACAAAACAAGGCCGAUUCCUCACAGUUUCUUAGGUACUCGAGCAUGAGUCUCGAGAGGAUUUCCAAAGUUCAGGCCAUCUACGACUUCUGCAAGAAGAAUUUAACUCCCUCCGCCGCUCCCCUCUCUUCUCAAACUGUCCAGAAGCUAUGUUCCCUCUUGGACACAGUUGGCCCCGGUGAUGUUGGGCUUAAAGAGGAGAAUAUUGAUGACGACCGGGGGCAUGGGCUUUUUGGACUGAACCAAUUCAACAGGAUAGCUCGGUGGGCUCAGCCAAUAACAUAUGUCGAUAUAUUUGAAGGUGAAAGUUUUACAAUAUGUAUAUUCUGCUUUCCUACUUCUUCAGUGAUCCCCCUUCAUGAUCAUCCUGGGAUGACUGUGUUCAGCAAAGUUCUCUAUGGUUCUCUUCAUGUGAAAGCCUAUGACUGGGUUGAACCUGCAUUCAUUCAGGAAAGCAAGGGUUCCACAUAUUUUCCAGUAAGAUUGGCAAAGUUAGCAGUUGAUAAAGUUCUAACAGCAUCAAGUGCAACAUCAGUUCUGUACCCGAAGACUGGCGGUAAUCUGCACAGUUUCACUGCAGUUUCACCCUGUGCCGUGCUUGACAUACUCUCGCCUCCUUAUGACGAAGAUAAAGGAAGAAGAUGUACAUACUACCAUGACAAUCCUUAUUCAACUUUCUCUGCAGAAUCCAGACCUGAACUAAGCGAUGAGGGAAUUGAAGAUUAUGCCUGGCUUGCAAAAAUUGAAACCCCCGACGACCUGUAUAUGCGACCGGGGAUGUAUGCUGGUCCUGCUAUUCAAAUUUAGGUGUUGACAGAUCUGGGAUUGUCGAGCGUCUUCCAGUCUCUACCAGGAAAUCUGCUUCUACCCAUAAUUAUAAUAGAUUAGCUCUUAGUUGGAACUUGAUUUUUUAUGGUGGCCUUUUAUGUUCAUUUUACCCCUCCAUAAUCUUCAAAUCAUACAGUAUUGAUGAUAAAGUUGUAAUGGAAAUGCUGAUGCUAUUAACAAUUUUCAGCUCCUUGGAUGGCCUUGGAAAAUGAGAAAUAGAGCAUGCGAGUAUCUGUUCGUCA